AUGGGCGUCGAAAUAAGCCCUCUCUCCCCGAUCCAGACCGAGCCGUUACACACUUCUUGCUUCUUCCGCUCGAGAUUUCUCAACCACCAUGCCCCUUCGACGACCGACUCGUUUCGUCCUAGCACCGCCCAAAUAGACCUCGAGUGGUCCACCCCCAGGAGCCAUACCUGCGAUUGGAGCAUCGAGUGCUUCUACCGUCGUAAGAUCUCCGAUGACGGCGUCGAAACGCAUCCCCUCCUCGAGAUCUUCAUCUUCCUCGACAUCUUCCGAUUCCUGUUCUCGCGUCGAAAUCCCCACCGAGCUCGGCUCGGUCUCGCUCCUGAAAAGAAGCGACUCUUUACCUUUAAACCGUUCGAUCCCCAAACCAAGACCUCGUUUACCUUUCGAUACGACGCCUCAGCUAGCGCGAAACCGAACCUGAAGCGUGGAAGAUGUGGUGCCGAUGUCGACGGACCCAAUACGGCGUCCGUCAGUUGCAAGAAGCGUAGACUCAGGCUGCAACUCAUCACGAGCCGCCUUUCUCAACCCUUUUCGUUACCAGCCACCCAUAUCCUCAACCGCGAAGGCCUCGCCAAUGGCGACAAGCGGUUCCUAAAGAUGGCCACGCAUGCCGAGAUGGUGAGGCGGGGUCUCCACGCAAACCAUUCAUCCACCUCUUUCCGACGCUUUGCUACCCUCAACCUGACGCGGGCACGGCUAAAGGAUUGUACCUGGACCGAACUGAGCGCGGUGCUGUCGCAUCAGAUCGACGAUGUAUCGGAAGAGGACACGAACCCUCCGGAGUACCGGCGUAGUAUCUACGACGAUGAGGACGAUGAUGACUGCGAGGCGUUUCCGUCUGCAGAUCACGACAGCCUCUACGAUAAUGCCGAUGACCAAGAAGACGUGUAUUCGGAUUUCGGUGCCAUCUUCGGUCAAGGUUCGGGAGCGGUGGCGGAGAGUGAUGAUGGGCAUUCGUUUGAGGAGUAUCUCGACGAGCUCGAUGGUAUAUCGUGGGCGGUGCGGUCGGUGUAA